GCGGGUCACGCUGCCUUGCGCUCGCAGUGCCGCGGCUGGGCCAGGCCGGGCAGGGCCGCCCCGGGAUCGCCGCAGGCCCCCGCCCCAGCCCUAGCCCCAGCCCCAGCGCGGCGGCAUGAGCCAGGCACCGCGGAAGCCGCCGCAGCGGCAGGAGGCGGCGGAGCCGGAGGCAGGGGCGGAGGAGGCAGAGGAGGAGGAGGAGGAGGAGGAGGACGGCGAGCUGGCGGCGUUGGCGGGCUACGGGGACGGCGCCGAGUCCGACGGGGACGCGGGCAGCGGCGGCGAUGAGGCGUUUCUGGAUUUCAAUGACCCCUUCAGUACUGAAGUUAAGCCAAGAAUCCUACUCAUGGGACUGAGAAGAAGUGGGAAAUCGUCAAUUCAGAAAGUUGUUUUUCACAAGAUGUCACCAAAUGAAACCCUUUUCUUGGAGAGUACUAAUAAGAUCUGCAGAGAAGAAGUUUCCAACAGCUCCUUUGUUAACUUUCAGAUAUGGGACUUUCCUGGGCAGAUUGACUUUUUUGAUCCUACAUUUGACUAUGAGAUGAUUUUCAGAGGCACCGGAGCAUUGAUAUUUGUUAUUGAUUCUCAGGAUGAUUACAUGGAAGCACUGGCUAGGCUGCAUCUCACUGUGACCAGAGCGUAUAAAGUGAAUCCAGACAUCAACUUUGAGAUAUUUAUUCAUAAAGUGGAUGGUCUGUCUGAUGAUCACAAGAUCGAAACCCAAAGAGAUAUUCACCAGAGGACAAAUGAUGACCUUGCAGAUGCUGGAUUGGAGAAAAUUCACCUCAGCUUUUAUCUGACAAGUAUAUAUGAUCAUUCUAUAUUUGAAGCCUUCAGCAAAGUGGUACAGAAACUGAUUCCACAACUCCCAACACUGGAAAACCUACUUAACAUCUUUAUCUCAAAUUCUGGGAUUGAGAAAGCCUUUUUAUUUGAUGUAGUCAGUAAAAUUUACAUUGCGACAGACAGUACUCCAGUCGAUAUGCAAACUUACGAGCUGUGUUGUGACAUGAUAGAUGUUGUUAUUGAUAUUUCUUGUAUCUAUGGGCUCAAAGAUGACGGUGCAGGAACGCCUUAUGACAAAGAGUCAACGGCAAUCAUAAAAUUGAAUAAUACAACUGUUCUUUAUUUAAAGGAAGUGACAAAAUUCCUUGCUCUUGUUUGCUUUGUUAGAGAAGAAAGCUUUGAGAGAAAAGGAUUAAUAGACUACAAUUUCCAUUGUUUUCGCAAGGCCAUACAUGAAGUAUUUGAAGUGAGAAUGAAAGUAGUAAAAUCACGAAAACAUCAGAAUCAUAUGCAAAAAAUCAAAAGAGCCACACCUAAUGGAACACCAAGAGUGCCAUUGUAACUGAAGUCCUGCUAGUAUUGCUGACAACAAAACGUUUCUGCAUCUUGUUGCACUGAUUGAAGUGGAAGAGAAGUGGGACUGAUACAACACAUGGAUUCUUCCCUAAUUCCUCCUAACCCUCAAAGCACUGUUUUGAACCUUUUUAUCCAAUCUGUUUUUCGUAUUUACAGUGAGCACUUUGAGCAAAAUAUUGUAUAUAAACACUGAGGUGAACACAUGUUGUAGUAAUUUUCUUAAUGAAUGCUGUAAACUUUUUCCAUGCCAUAUUAAGCAUAAUCAGCUAUGGUGGACAUUGUAUUGGGUACAUAAUUUGCACUUUUUUCUUCAUGGAGAUGAAUUUUGAUAAACUUUUUAUGCUGAUUUUCAUGCAUGGUGUCAGGUAAAAUGUAUGCUGUAGUUUAUUUACAUGCUGCAAUCAAAUUUAUUAGUAAACAAUCAAGAAAAUGUGAUACAGUGACUUAAAAGAUUUGACAGCAUUCGUACAAAUUUAACUUCAUAUAUUUUACAAUUUCUAAACUGAAGAGUGUUGUUUUUUUCAAAUGUAUGAUAGCAAUAAAAAUGUUACCAAUGAUCAUAAUUGGUAAAUAAACACUAGUUUUGUAAAACCGGACCUUUGACUAAAUAUUACCCAGACGUCUCCAUAACACUGGUAAUGUCCUCUCUGUUGGGUACUGUUUAUUGUUUAAUAUACAUCACUAAGCUAUUUUUUUAUAUAAAGAUUAUUAUUCUUUAAAAUUUCUUUAUGCCACUUUGGUAUUUUAUAAGAUUUCAAGAACAGCCUAUGGUAUGUAAAGGGUUUACUAUAAAUGCUAAACUACUUUAAGGUGCUGAGCUUUUGCAAUCAGUAGAAGGGAAAAGUUUGUGCAGUAUCUCUGCAUCACUAUUUCAGUAUAUCUAGAAUUGUAUUUUAGAAUGGCAGAGUUGUUAAGUUGCUCACAUUAGAUUUUGAUUCUGCUUUCUACACUUGAGCUGUACCUCCCAUUGAAAUCAAUGACAGUUGUUUUGAAUGAGGACUGAAGGAAUAGACUUCUGUAGUAAAAUGCAUAGAUGAAACUAGCAUUUUAGCAUUGGUUAUGGAGCAGUCCUGAUACCGAGUUAAUCUCCACCUUAAACGGGAGUGAUCGGGAAAGUAAAAUUUACAUUCUCAAUCCUAUGUUCAUUUUAUAGUUGUUAGUUUAAGAGGCCAGCUCCUUCAUACUAGGAAGGGCAACUCUUGUGCCUUUCAGUUACACCCGGUUUAUGCUCACGGUCUUGCAGUUGCUCUGGAAUAUCCUGUUGGACUGAGUAGUACACCUGAAAGUAUCUUUUGUUAAGAUGCAUAUUUUCCAUUGAAGUAAGUUAUGCUGCUGUACCUCAAGUUGUGAAUUAGCAGUAGGCUAAAACUGUUUAGCACACAGAUCAAAAUCAGUGAGAGGUUUGUCGAAAAUGCAGAUGCUAUACUUUUUUAUGAGGUUAACUUGGAAUGUGGUAUGCAGUUUUUCAGAUUCUUCUAUUGUGCCCAUGAUCAUGUACGCAGUGCCAGGCAAGGAGGAAGAUAGAAUGUGUAAAGAGAGAGCACCUGCUUUCAGCCCUUUACUGCUGCCUAAUGUGCACAAUUUUUUAUUUAUUGUUUAGAUACAUUUUGGUUUCUUUGAUUUGUCUGUUAAAUAGAGGUGGGCAUUUUAAAAUACUGGGAUUAUCCAAUAGAUGGAGCUGUUCUAGUAUGCUAAAUAAUAUUGUAAAAAAUACAAUUCCAAAUGAUGCUUUUAAGCUCUCCAAGCCCCUGUUGCUGUCUGUUGCACCUAAAAAUAGUGGAGGCAUUAUGCCAAUGUGACGAGCAGAGUUGUGCUAAAGGGAAAGCACUCUAGAAAAUACCUGUAAAUGGAUGCUCUUGCCAGUGCUGCCCUUUGACACUAAGUAUCAUUUUUGUCCUGCAGAGGCUGGGGAGGAAAGCCACUUAGGCUAUCUUUCCCAGCCUAUAUAGUAAAGCCUUCCCUGGAGAGUUUUUAUAGUAAUAUCCAACGAAAGCCCCUUGUACUUGAAGCAUUAGCAAUUACAUAAUGGCUGCCUCAUUCACUCUCCACUCUUCAGUGCUUCCAUCUGAGAGACGGCCAUAACUCAGGCCAUAGAGUAUAUAUAUAUUAGUCUUGAGAUGACUGUGAAACACCCUUGUAGCAUAGUGCUGGGAUUCAUAACUUGCUGUAAGAGAUAUAUGACUGAGGGCAAUAUCACUUUCAGUGCUCCAUGUGUUGGACCAGAUUCUUCAAAGAAUGCUUUUUGUUUGGUGUUUGUGGGGAGGGGGGCGGGGGUUGGGUUGUUUGUUUUUUUUACCUGCCAUAGAGAGGCUACCAAAGGAACCAGCCCAAAAAAGGUUAGUAUUAAAAUAUCUGUCUUUUUAUGUAAGCCCUUCAUGCUUUUUCCCCCCACUAAAUAUAUGCAAUCACAAUCAUUGUACACAUAGAUACACUUUUGUAUUUGGAGAUGCUGUCACUUUUAAGCCUUAUACUUAGGACUAAGUUGAAUAUUAUAGUGCCCUCUAGAAUGUCAUGUAAAGUUACAUAUUAUGACACCGGGAUGACUUGCUAGCAUACAAACUAUUAAUUGGAUAUCAGGGUAAAAGUAGCAUUUUCGGAUGUGUUUACCUAUGUUGGAUUACUAAAGCUUGAGAGAAUGUUAAAAAUAAAAUUAUUCUUCUUUUUGCA